UGGAUUUUUUGGAUAAAAGUUGUAUUUCAAAGAUCAUUGGAUCAAACCCUAUUAAUCGAAAAACAACAAAACGUGAUACGUCAUUAUUUAAUGAAUUCAAUAAAACAAAUGAUGGUCGCAUGAUAAUCAAUGAAUCUGAUGAGGAAUCUCAAGGUUCUGAUAUUGAGAUGAACGAAUCAGAUAAUUAUUAUUUAGAGGCACAACGAUCUAGUGUUGGUUUUACACGCGGUCAAGGAAGUAAAGUUAAAUUCAACAAGGGGCAGAGAGACAAUGAUAAUGAUAUGGAAUUGGAUGAUAUCGAACCCAUUGACAUUGUUGCAAAAAGAAACAAAAAAAAUAGAUAUAAACGAAAUACUAUCACAGUUGGCAAAGAAUAUAAAGCGAAAAAUGCAGAAGGUGAUGUGAAACGAAAAGGAAAACCAGAUCCUUACGCUUACGUUCCACUUACGUCCAUGUACAGAAAGAAGGGUCAAAAAGGAAUCAAAAUUUCUUUAACAAAUAGAAAAGCAAAAAAAAAACAGAUCAGAAAGGUGAAACCUUGA